UCGAGAAUCUAGACGUUUGAUACACUACUACCGCUGGAUGCCUCUUGAAGCGUUGGACUCUCCUCCAUGUCUUGGACAAAAUGACUGAAGACACUGCCAUACAGGCUCCCAUGGAGCCACGGCGAGCGUGUCAAGAGUGCAAUCGGAAGAAGACCAAGUGUGAUAUGAGACGUCCCAAAUGUGGCCUAUGUGCUCGCACUGGCAGCGCUUGUAGUUUUCCUUCCAAGCGCAAACGGCCGACUCCUCGAAAACCUCAGCUCAAGUCUCAGUCCCGUGACAUCAAGGAUGGUGUCUCCAGGCUCCUGCAGCUUCUCCAUACGGCUACUCAACAAGAUGCUGGAACCAGCAUGUCGCCAACCCAGCGCGAGGCCGCUCAAUCACUUCUUCAAGAUUCACUCAAAGGCCUUCUUACGGACAUUCUUCCAUCCAAUGGCGAUGAUUUGCAGCAUCGUGGUGACCCUGAUCACCCGUCUCAAGAUGACCAGCACGCUGAUGACAACGAAUACGAUGGCCUUGAAACCGACGAGGACGAUGACGAGGAUCAGCAAUCCUCUGCCGACGACGUAAUUCAUGAUGAUCCUGGCUCCGGUCCCUCGUCAGCUUCAUCAAAACCAAAGCUCCAAAAUGAGAUCACUUGCUCCCUUGCCAUCGAUCUCACCCAACUAUUCUUUGAAAAGAUUCAAGCAUGGCUUCCACUCCUCCACCGACCAAGAUUUCAGGCCCGAUUCGAACCAAGCAUGUUGGUCGAUGGUGAUGUGAUGAGGUCCCUUGCUGUUGACGAUGCCCUACUCCUGUACGGAAUGUUUGCCCUGUCGGCGCGCUUUUCUACUCACCCAGCAUUGAAAAAUAUUCCACCAAUGAAGAGGGGCCACAUCUUUGCGGAACGCGCGCGACAGAUGUAUCUGAAGUCCCGUUCAACAGCGGACCACUCUUUGAUCCACUUGCAAGGUUGCAUCGUCUUGACCAAUUACUUUUACACUUCCGGCCCAACUCCCAAGGGGUGGUUACUCAUCGGAGAAUGUGUUCGCCUUGCUUAUGAGUUAGGCUUGUCUGACAUCGACGACGAUAUGUGGACCCCGUCAUCUCCUCUCAUAUCGAUCGACAAAGAAGAACUCAGGCGCGCCUGGUGGUGUGUCUGGGAACUAGACACCUUUGCAUCGUCCGUGUCGCGAAAACCCUUCUCCAUUGACCGCAAGAGAAUGGCGGUCAAGCUACCAAUGUCGGACGAAGCUUGGUUCUCAGGCAAUCCAGUUGAGUCCAACGAACUCCUCAUGACGCCUGGCCAAACAUGGAGAACUUUGGAAUAUUCAAGUAACCAGGAUGAGCGUGCUUGGUAUUUAGUGGCCAACCAUCUCGCGACCAUGAUUCAUGAUCGCAGCCAGCAGAGGCAGGAGGUGUCCAUCGACGAAAAGAUGAUGCUCGACAACGAGAUCACCUGUUUCAGAUUAGCACUUCCCCCAACUCUUCAGCUGGAUCCGGAGCUCGUCGUCUUCACCCCCGAGACUUUCUCCAAAUGUAACUGGGUUAUCGGCACUCAUCUCAUGCUCAUGACCGCCUCCUAUAUCUCUGGCGCGAUGGGAGCGGCCGAGAGCGAUGACCGUAGCUCGUCCGCUGCGAGCGCCGCUGCUGGCCUAUCGCCCCUACGACUGAAAGCAGUAGAGUUAUCUAGGAUCAUUGGGUUAUGGGAUUCCAGAUAUAUCGCUACCGCACACCCAUUUUUUACCUGUAUGCUGCUUCCUUUCAACGUCUUUGAAUUUGAAACCCUUCGGUCUCAGCAACUGAUCGCCACAACCCAUAAUCUCUCCAAGCUCGUCUUGAGACACGUUGGUGAGAAAUGGCGCUUGGGACUUGUUUGCUGCGAGAUCGCCAAAAUGGUGGAACGCCCGAACAAUUUGACUGACCAGGAGAAACAGCUUGCCAAACGGUACAAACUCUUUUUCCAAGGCCCGCAGGUUGUAGCCAACAGUCCCGCCAAUUCUCUGCCUCGAAGUGACAGAGACUCGCGGUCAGUGGAGGGUGGUGAUCCGUCAUCAUCCCAACACAGCAUGUCCAUCAUGCAUCAACCAGUCCACUUACCAGGUGAAUAUGCAACUACAAUGUAUUCCGCCGACCAAAUGCCUCUGGCAGAUUACAUUUUGUUGGAUCAGACGGGAUUCCAGAACAUGCCUUUUAAUGCGUAUGACUCUCAGGUCGAUCUCGACAUGGGCUUUUCCGACUUUUUUGGAGGCUAUCCAGAGCACAAGCCCGAUUUCUCUCAGAUGCGACACCCCUAA